GGCACAUGAACAGUGUUAAGCGGUGGCUGGUAGUGGCGGUUUGCUGUUAGAAGAAGCGGCUCUUUGAAAGAGGAACAAUAAAAAGAGGAGCUGUUAUUUCCAGUAACCUGUACAAAAUGAAGUUUGUGGCUGCCCAGCAUCAUCUGGAGAUGGACUUUUAACGUGAAUAAUGGACUUCAAAAACGAUGACAAGUGAUACGUGCUGUGCUGCACAGACUGGCAUUGCUGCAUCAGAUUUACUGAGCCACUUGAUGGCAGCCAUUUUGAAUGGGUGCGGUGGUGUGUAGUUUUAACUUUUAACUUGGUAGCACACUCACAGAACUAGAGGAGCAGCAUACAAACUGUGUAGCAAUUAGCUGCUCAACAGACAACCAGGAACUAAUUGUAGUAAAAUACUGAGAACAAUAUCUAUUUAGUGUUAACUGGCUAGUGUAUUUAAUGUGAAUCAGGCUGACGUAGAUCCGAGUGCAGUAGUAGCAGUUAAAGAAUAGUGCUUCUGUCAAGCUAAAGUACACCCACAAAAAAAACUGAGACUGCACACAUCUCAUACGAGAACACCUGCCACAUUUUUUGGUGCAAAGGCAGCACCUUUAAACGCCAAUGGACCAAGUGUUCCUCUGCUUGAAAUGGAUUUCUUUCUAUUGGUGAUAAUUGGAGGUAUCGCCAAUUCUCUGUAACGACUCGUAUCCUCUGAGUUGCAUUCUUUCUCUGUGACAGAGGAACAAAAAGUAAGGUGGGCAUCUCACAGUUCCCAGGAUUUGCUUUUCCAUGCAUACCAUGGAAAACAAAAUAAAUGUAGACAUCAAAAAAGAAGACUGUGAAUGGGAAACUGUGCAACAUCGGCUGAAGGUUGAUGGAAUUAAGAAAGAGGAGGAUUGUGAAUGGGAAAACAAAGUCAUUAAAGAAGAGCCUGAGCCAACCUUUACUACCACAGAGUUGGAAAAAACUGAAAAUGCAAGUUCAGGGCAAGAAGGUGGUCUUAAAUCGGAGUCUGACUCUCAGCAUGUGUCUCCAGAAGAAGUAGUCACUGGAACAAGCGUCACAGAAAGUAGAACUGAAUCACUCCAGAAUCCUCCUGCCCGGGUGAAGACUGAAUUUUCAGAUUCGGAUGUGAAGAAGACUGAAGAAGCAUCCUGUUCAAGCUAUUCAGGAGAAGAUUUGCAAGAAAGUGGCACCUUGUCCCCAACUUCAAACUCUCUUCACUGUCCGCCACAUCAAAAUGAAAAUCUGGAUAAACUGACGUCUAGGUCAGAUAUUUUGGUACAAACCUCAUCAUUUAGUCCUUUGUCUGUUGAGAAAUUAACAGAUGUAGAUGCAAUUACCCCUCAACAAUGGGGACAAUCAGCUUUGUCUUCUGAACAAACAUCAAAAACAAAAAAUAAGGGGAUACGUGCAAGACAGAAAGCGUAUUGCACGGAAUGUGGAAAACUUUUCUCUAGUAAGAGUAACCUUCAAGUGCACAAAAAAGUUCACACGGGGGAGAAGCCAUAUUGCUGUUCUGAAUGUGGCAAACGAUACACUGACAAGCGCAAUCUUCAGAUCCACACAAGACGUCACACUGGAGAAAAGCCAUAUUCCUGUGGUGAAUGUGGCAAACGAUACCCCGACAAAAGCUAUCUGCAGACUCAUAUGAGAAUUCACAAUGGAGAGAAGCCACAUUGCUGUUCUGAAUGUGGCAAGCGGUUCUUAAAAUUAAACACUCUUGAGACUCACAUGAGAAUUCACACAGGAGAGAAGCCAUUUUGCUGUUCUGAUUGUGGCAAACAUUUUUCUGACAAACGCAAUCUUCAGAUCCACACUAGAAUUCACACUGGAGAGAAGCCAUAUUCCUGUUCUGACUGUGACAAACGUUUCAACAACACAAGUAGUCUGUGGAAACACCGAAAAAUUCACACUGGAGAGAAGCCUUAUGCCUGUUCUGAAUGUGACAAACGAUUCUCACAAAUAGGAAACCUUCAGAGCCACGCAACAAUUCACACUGGAGAAAAGCCAUACUGCUGUUCUGAAUGUGGCAAACGAUUCUCUGAAAAACGCAAGCUCAAGGUACAUGCAAAAAUUCACAGUGAAGAGAAACCAUUUUCCUGUUUGGAAUGUGGCAAACGAUUUUGUGACAAGCAGCAUCUUCAGGCUCACAUAAGAAUUCAUUCCGGAGCAAAGCCACACAGUUGCGCUGAAUGUGGCAAACGAUUCUCUACUAAUACUCAGCUUCAGACUCAUAUGAGAGUACAUACUGGAGAGAAGCCAUAUAGCUGUUUGGAAUGUGGCAGACAAUUCUCAGCAAAGAGCAAGCUUCAGAUCCACACAAGAGUUCAUACUGGAGAAAAACCGUAUUGCUGUUUUGAAUGUGGCAAACAAUUCUCACAAAUAAACGCUCUUCACAUCCACGCUAGAAUUCACACUGGAGAGAGGCCAUAUUCCUGUUUGGAAUGUGGAAAAAAAUUUGCACAAAUAAGCAAUCUUCAUGUCCACACUAGAAUUCACACUGGUGAGAAACCAUAUUGUUGUUCUGAAUGUGGGAAAGGUUUCACGGAUAAACGUGGUCUUCAGAUCCACACUCGAAGCCACACGGGAGAGAAACCAUAUUGGUGCUCUGAAUGUGGCAAACGAUACUCAGAUAAACGCGAUCUACAGGCCCACACAAGAAUUCACACUGGAGAGAAGCCAUUUUGCUGUUCUGAAUGUAGCAAACAAUUCUCUGACAAACGCAAUCUGGAGAUCCAUGUUAGAAUUCACUCUGGAGAGCCAUAUUCCUGCUCUGACUGUAGCAAGGGCUUCUUCAACCUUAGCAGUCUUUGCAGACACAAAAGAAUUCACACCGGAGAGAACAAACAAAGGCCUAUCACAAAGUCCCCCACCUUGGGCCCAGACAGUAACACUGCAAUUGGUUAGACAGUAGAAAGGUGAGUUCAAAAUACUUUCACCAACUGACAGUAUCACAAAGUGGAAAUUAUGUUUACCACCUGUUUUCAGUUGCAUGUGUAUUUUCAGUUAAUACAUACUGUAGAUGGCUUAGCGGAGAUGAUUCUGGCAGAACACUUAACCAGGGCCACACUGGGUAGUUGGCUGUGCACUAGCUGGUUCAAGGUAACACAAGAAAACAAAGAGCUGAACUAACAGAUCUGAGGGAUGCUCCGAUCAGGUUUUUUAAGGCCAAUACCAAUCACCGAUUUUGUAUCUGACUGGCUGAUUCUGAUCUCCAUCCAUACACACACUCGCACAUUAUCUCCAUUUUAAAAUCUUUUAGUAGUAAGCUUCUGCAUCACCAGAUGCAAAGAAACCUUAUAUCCUAUAUUAAAGUGGAUUUUUAGAAUUCAACGAUAGAGAACAGGUGUUAACUGUUCAUUUUUUAUUCACAACUAGGGGGCUUCGCUCGCCAACCCCCGUGUUUUUGGU